AUGGAAGAAGAAACAAUCAUCAUCGCAGCACUCUCCACCCUCACCUCUUCCCAACUCACAGAUCUCACCAGCUCCAUCCUCUCGCUAACCCUCCACCACCACGGCCGCCUCUCCACCAUCCUUUGCUCUCCCUCCCUUUUCUCCCUCACUCUCCACCACCUCCACUCCCUCUCCCUCACUCACAAAACCCUACUCAUUGCCAAACACCUCCUCUCAUCACUCCACCACCUCACACGUCACUUCCACCUAAAAACACUCAUUCCACCACAGCCCACCACCACCAUCAAACGCCGUGACCUCGACUCUGCAUUGCUUCUCCUUUUCGUCUGUGACGUACAUCAAGAACACCCCGAAAUACUUAAAACACCACACUCUGAAUGGCGUGAGGGUUUGAGAAAACAUUGCUCUGAUACCGUGCUAAUGCAAUCUAGCAUCGGGGUGCAUUACGGUGGUGUCCUUUUACCAUAUAUUGAGAUGGUGAUGAGGUGUUGGAGAUUUGUUGGCGUAAUGGCUGGUUGUACAGUGGAGGGGAGGAAGGUGGCAGCAGCACCGGCAGCAGUGGUGGCGCUUCCGGCAGUGGAGGUGAUAGGAGGUGGCGAGGAGUGUGUAAUAUGCAGGGAAGAGAUGAGUGAAGGUAGAGAUGCGUGUGAACUGCCAUGCGGACACUUGUUUCAUUGGAUGUGCAUCCUGCCAUGGCUAAAGAAGACGAAUACUUGCCCGUGUUGCAGGUUCCAGCUUCCCACUGAAGAUGUGUUUGGUGAGAUCGAGCGGCUGUGGAAUGUUCUGAUCAAGAUUGGUGGUGGGGUCCUUAAUGAGAAAGAUGUCGAUCAUGGCUGUAGUGUGGACGUGGCUGAAUCACAAGGACUUAUUGACCUGUAG